AUGCCCGCCCCUCUACUCCCGCUGCUACUGCGCACGCUACUGUCCCGCCUGCUGCUGCCCGCUGCCCGCCUGGCCCGCCAGCACCUCCUGCCCCUGCUGCGCCGCCUAGCCCAACGCCUGGGCUCGCAGGACGUGAGGGAUGCCGUGCUGGGCUGCCUGCUGCUCAUCCUCAGCCAGCGACACUCGCCAGACACCGGGGAGGCCUCCAGAGUGGACCCUGAGGAGUGGAGGGAGAGGCGAGGCCCCCGGAAGUGAGGCAGUGCUCCUGGUAGCUGUGGUGGCAAAGUGCUUCCUUCUAGAGUGGGCUGUUCCUGGCACUGCACUGCCACAGCCUGGCAUGACACUGGGUGCGAGGGGGGCCCUUCCAGAAGGGUGCCCUAUAUCCCCACCUCGGGCCUCAGGCUACAGGGACCUGGCCUCCAGCAGACAGGGACAGCACGGCCCAGUGAUGGACAAUACCUCGUGUGGGGACAAGUGACCUUCAGCUUAGAGGGACAUCUGAAUCCAGACUGUCAUCUUCCAGAUUCGAGACUGGCCUUAAAAUAAUAAGACUUUGGUUAUC